GCAGGCGAGGGGCGGGCGCGCGGGUCCCGGGGAUCGCCGAGCGGGCUUGGGGAGGCCGGGAGAGCCAGCGGCGGGGGCGGGAGCCCGGCGGGCUCAGCGCUGAGUGGAGAGAGAAAGAGAGAGAGCGCUGGGCCAAGCCGCCGCUCGGCGCGUUCUCGGAGCCGCCAGUCCGCGCGUCCCCGCAGCCUUCCGGGAGGAAGCGGCGCCGCGGCCGGGUGCAGCCUCACCUGCCGGCCCUUCCCCGCCGGGCGGCGCAGAAGGACAGAGGGUCGCGGCCCCGCGACGUACUUCAGCCGGUCGCAGCGUCUAGGACCCCGCGCGGGGUGCCGGCUCCAUGGCGACCGGGCUCGGGGAACCCGUCUACGGACUUUCGGAAGAGGAGGGGGAAUCCCGUAUUCUCAGAGUAAAAGUUGUUUCUGGAAUUGACCUCGCCAAAAAGGACAUAUUUGGAGCCAGUGACCCGUAUGUGAAGCUGUCAUUGUAUGUAGCGGAUGAGAAUAGAGAACUUGCUUUGGUUCAAACAAAGACAAUUAAAAAGACGCUGAACCCGAAGUGGAACGAAGAGUUUUAUUUUAGAGUAAAUCCAUCUAAUCAUAGGCUCCUGUUUGAAGUAUUUGAUGAGAACAGAUUGACACGAGACGACUUCCUGGGUCAAGUGGACGUGCCUCUUAGUCACCUUCCGACAGAAGACCCAACCAUGGAGAGACCCUAUACAUUUAAGGACUUUCUCCUGCGACCAAGAAGCCAUAAAUCGCGAGUCAAGGGUUUCUUGCGGUUGAAAAUGGCGUACAUGCCGAAAAACGGAGGUCAGGAUGAAGAAAACAGCGAGCAGAGGGACGACAUGGAGCACGGAUGGGAGGUUGUUGACUCCAACGACUCAGCUUCCCAGCACCAGGAGGAGCUCCCUCCUCCUCCCCUGCCACCAGGAUGGGAAGAGAAAGUGGACAAUUUAGGCCGCACUUACUAUGUCAACCACAACAAUAGGAGUACCCAGUGGCACCGGCCCAGCUUGAUGGAUGUGUCCUCCGAGUCAGACAAUAACAUCAGGCAGAUCAACCAGGAGGCCGCACACCGGCGUUUCCGCUCGCGGAGGCACAUCAGCGAAGACUUGGAGCCCGAGGCCUCGGAAGGCGGUGGAGAGGGCCCUGAGCCUUGGGAGACCAUUUCAGAGGAAGUGAACAUGGCAGGAGACUCUCUUAGCCUGGCUCUGCCCCCACCUCCUGCCUCCCCUGUGUCUCGGACCAGCCCCCAAGAGCUGUCGGAGGAACUGAGCAGAAGGUUACAGAUCGCUCCAGACACCAAUGGGGAACAGUUCAGUUCUCUGAUCCAGAGAGAGCCCUCGUCGAGGCUUCGGUCCUGCAGUGUUACCGACACGGUUGCUGAGCAGGCUCACCUACCACCGCCCAACACCCCAACUAGGCGAGCGCGUUCAUCAACUGUCACGGGUGGUGAGGAACCAACGCCAUCAGUGGCCUAUGUACAUACCACGCCGGGCCUCCCUUCAGGCUGGGAAGAAAGAAAAGAUGCUAAGGGACGUACAUACUAUGUCAAUCAUAACAAUCGAACCACAACUUGGACUCGACCAAUAAUGCAGCUUGCAGAAGACGGUGCCUCCGGAUCAGCCACAAACAGUAACAACCACCUAGUCGAGCCUCAGAUCCGCCGGCCCCGUAGCCUCAGCUCGCCAACAGUAACUUUAUCUGCCCCGCUGGAGGGUGCCAAGGACUCACCCAUACGCCGCGCUGUGAAAGAUACCCUUUCCAAUCCACAGUCCCCUCAGCCAUCACCUUACAACUCCCCCAAACCACAACACAAAGUCACACAGAGCUUCCUGCCACCAGGCUGGGAGAUGAGGAUAGCUCCAAACGGCCGACCCUUCUUCAUUGACCAUAACACAAAGACUACAACUUGGGAAGAUCCACGCCUGAAAUUUCCAGUACACAUGCGCUCAAAAGCAUCUUUAAACCCCAAUGACCUGGGCCCUCUUCCUCCCGGUUGGGAAGAAAGGAUCCACUUGGACGGCCGGACGUUUUACAUUGACCAUAACAGCAAAAUCACUCAGUGGGAAGAUCCGAGACUACAGAACCCAGCCAUCACCGGUCCGGCUGUUCCUUACUCCAGAGAAUUUAAGCAGAAGUAUGACUACUUUAGGAAGAAAUUAAAGAAACCUGCUGAUAUUCCAAACAGGUUUGAGAUGAAGCUCCACAGAAACAACAUAUUUGAAGAGUCCUAUCGGAGGAUCAUGUCUGUGAAAAGGCCCGAUGUCCUAAAGGCUAGACUGUGGAUUGAAUUCGAAUCAGAGAAAGGCCUGGACUAUGGGGGCGUAGCCAGGGAAUGGUUCUUCUUGCUGUCCAAAGAGAUGUUCAACCCCUACUAUGGCCUCUUUGAGUACUCUGCCACGGACAACUACACACUUCAGAUCAAUCCCAACUCAGGCCUCUGUAAUGAAGAUCAUUUGUCCUAUUUCACGUUCAUUGGAAGAGUUGCUGGCUUGGCAGUGUUUCAUGGGAAACUCUUAGACGGGUUCUUCAUUCGACCGUUCUACAAGAUGAUGUUGGGGAAACAGAUAACUCUGAACGACAUGGAGUCUGUGGACAGCGAGUAUUACAACUCCCUGAAAUGGAUCUUAGAAAAUGACCCCACGGAACUUGACCUCAUGUUCUGCAUAGAUGAAGAGAAUUUCGGGCAGACCUAUCAAGUGGAUCUGAAGCCCAAUGGGUCAGAAAUAAUGGUGACGAAUGAAAACAAAAGAGAAUAUAUUGACUUAGUCAUCCAGUGGAGAUUCGUGAACAGGGUCCAGAAGCAAAUGAAUGCCUUCUUGGAGGGAUUUACAGAACUUCUUCCAAUUGAUUUGAUUAAAAUCUUUGAUGAAAAUGAGCUGGAGUUGCUGAUGUGCGGCCUGGGUGACGUUGACGUGAAUGACUGGAGACAGCAUUCUAUUUACAAGAAUGGCUACUGCCCCAAUCAUCCUGUCAUCCAGUGGUUCUGGAAGGCUGUGCUCCUGAUGGAUGCUGAGAAGCGGAUCCGGCUACUACAGUUUGUCACAGGCACCUCCCGAGUACCCAUGAAUGGAUUUGCCGAACUUUAUGGUUCCAAUGGUCCUCAGCUGUUUACAAUAGAGCAAUGGGGCAGUCCUGAAAAACUACCCAGAGCUCACACAUGCUUUAAUCGCCUUGAUUUACCUCCAUACGAAACCUUUGAAGAUUUGCGGGAGAAACUUCUCAUGGCCGUGGAGAACGCCCAAGGCUUUGAAGGGGUGGAUUAAGGCCUCCUGCGUCAGGGGCACUGCCCUUUCAGCAAGUUCUGCGUGCACUUUUGCAUUUGCCUAGCAGACUUUUGCAGAGCCGGUGGCAGAAGCAGUUGCCUGACCUGGCUCUGGAGCCCAGCUUGUCCGGGCCAUGCCCACGUUCCGCCAGGGAACCCAGUCCCGGCUCGAGUGCCGCCCCUUCACCACCAAUUCUCAACUGGUUAGCGUGUACUCUGAUUACAUUUCAGGAGGACGUGUUCUAUUUAUGUUGUGCCUCUGCAGGCAAAGCCCUUAAUAAAUAUUUUGCAUACUUUCUAAUGACAAUGAAUGGAAUUAAUCACACUACAGGUAUAGUAUUACAACUCAUGUUUACUUUUUAAAAAUGAUUUAGACUGAUUUUCAGAUUUUAUUUCAUUACAAUUAAAGAUGUCUCAUGUACUUGGAAAA